UUCCAAUAUCUCCAUUAUUAUAUACCUGUGGUCUGUGGAAUAUAUGCCAUCAAUCUUCCAUUAAUUUCAAUUCUCCUAGCUAGCUAGCUAGCCAGCCAUGGUUACGCAAGUGAUCAAGCUUUUGAAUUCCUUCAUCCCUUUGAGUUUGAGUAGUCGUAUCUUUUUGAUUUGCCUUGUUCUUCUGGAUGCUGCCAAGUCUGAAACUUACACUGUAGGCGAUGGAGAUGAGUGGAGCUCGGGAACAAACUAUGUUGCCUGGUCGGAAAAACACAAGUUCAUGGCCGACGACGUUAUUGUGUUCAAGUAUGUUAAGGGGCAACAUAACGUGUACGAGGUAACAGAGUCUACGUACGAGUCAUGCGACACAAGCAGUGGAGUUUUAGGGAAAUAUGAAAGCGGAAACGACCAAGUGAAGCUGAAGGAAGCAAGAAAGUACUGGUUCGUAUGCGACAAGGACGGGCAUUGUCUGGGAGGAAUGAGGUUUGGGAUUAAUGUAAUGAAAAGUGGAGGCCAAACCACAAAUUCUUCUUCAAAUCCAACUCCUCCUAAUACUAAUCAUCACCACACUACUUCUGCUUCUUCUAAAAUGUGGGCUCAUUCUAUUCUUUGCUCUCUUCUACCACUCGGAAUAUUUUUUAUUAACAUUCUUAAUUAUUAAGGACCUUGUGGUCCAGUGGUAUCAAACCCUUCCCUUUAUAUUGGAGGUGGUGGGUGGGUUCGAGUCUCAGUAGAGUCAAUAGUAGUUAUGA